CGGCCGGCCCCGCCUUCCUCCCUCCGUCCCUCCUUCCUCCCCUUCCUCCUCCUCCUCCUCCUCCCGGGGCCUCCGAUGCCGCCGCCUCCCGCCCGCUGCUGAGCCGUGACGGGCGGGGGCCCCGGGACCCCGCCGGGGACAUGGGCAACGGGAUGUGCUCCCGGAAACAGAAGCGGAUUUUCCAGAGCCUGCUGCUCCUGACCGUGGUGUUCGGGUUCCUCUACGGGGCGAUGCUCUACUACGAGCUGCAGGGCCAGCUCAGGAAGGCUGAGGCCACGGCGCUCAAGUACCAGCAGCAUCAGGAGUCCCUCUCGGCUCAGCUACAAGUUGUAUAUGAGCACAGGUCAAGAUUAGAAAAGUCAUUACAGAAGGAAAGGCUCGAACAUAAGAAAGCAAAAGAAGAUUUUCUUGUUUAUAAACUAGAAGCACAGGAAACACUAAAUAAAGGAAGGCAAGACUCCAACAGCAGAUACAGUGCUCUGAGUGUCCAACACCAGAUGCUGAAGAGUCAACAUGAAGAACUGAAGAAGCAGCACGCUGACCUUGAGGAAGAUCACAGAAAACAAGGAGAAGAGUUUAGCAGGACAUUCAGUGUUCACAAGGAGAGAUACUUGCAGCUGCAGCAGGAGAAAGAGCAGGAGAUCUCCAAGCUGAAGGAAUCCCUGUAUAACUUACGAGAGGAGAACAGACAGUUGAGGAAAGCUCACCAAGACAUUCACACCCAGCUGCAGGAUGUCAAGCAACAGCAUAAGAACUUGCUGUCCCAGCACAACCAGCUUGUGGUGACAUUGGAAGACCACAAGAGUGCACUAGCUGCUGCUCAGUCCCAGGUGGAGGAAUACAAACAGCUGAAGGACACCCUCAAAAAAAUACCGAGUUUCCGACAGCCUGAGAAUUUGGAAGGAGGAAAUGAGCAGCCUGAGGUGCGAGGACUGUCCCCCCACAGCGACCUCCCGGAGCACCAGGGACCUGUGACCCAGGAGCACCAGGAGGAUGAGAAGCCAAAAGAGAGAGGAGAAAUAAAUACCCAGGAACAAGCAGACAGGGCUGAGCCCUUCCAUCUCCAGAGAAGGGCUAAUGAGGGCCAGCAUCCCAAAGAACUGAAUAUUCAGGAGCAACAAGAGGCUGGAGAAGAUGUCGAGCAACGUGCUGAUCAAGUUGAAGAAGAACGCAAAAAGGAACUUCAGGAGGAAGAAAUGGAGCAGGCAGGUCAGCCUGAGCACUUAGGGGAGGAACAGGAUCAAGUCCCAGAAGAGCAUGAAUGGAAAAAGCAGGAGCAGAAAGAAGAAGAAACCAACAUGUUGGGUGAUCACCUCCAGUCAGAGAUAACACCAACAAAAGCUGUACCAAAGAGACAAAAACCAGCUUAUGAGCAACAGCUGGAGCAGCAGCAUCUUGGAGCCCAGAGAGCAGAGGAGGCCAACCAGCUCCGGCAGCACCAGGAGUCGCUGCACCAGCAAAGGCUGCGGGGGCAGAUCCUGAGGCAGCAACAGCUCCAGGAGAAAGAGCUCCAGCUCCACAAACAGGCAGAACAAGGGGAAAAACUCUACAAAACCCAGCUCAGCCAACAGGCUCAUUAUGAUAACAUGGACCAGGAUAUUGUACAAGGGGAAGAAGAGCAAGGGAUUCAGGAAGAGGAAGGAGCUUAUGAACAUGACAACCAGCACCAGGAUGAAGGUGAAGAUGAUGAUCAAAAUAAUGCAAAUGAACAGCAAGAACCAGAACAUCAAGCAGAAAAUCAGCAGGCUGAUGAAUCAAAGGCAGCCAUGGAAGAUGUGAAUCCUGCUGACGACCCCAAUAAUCAGGGAGAAGAUGAAUUCGAGGAAGCUGAGCAAGAGCGAGAAGAAAACCUACCAGAUGAAAAUGAAAAGCACAAGGAAGCCAGUCAGAAACAAGGACAUCCAGGAAUGGAAGAGCACUUGGUGAUGGCAGGAAACCCCGACCAGCAGGAAGAUAAUGUGGAUGAGCAAUACCAGGAUGAGGGAGAAGAGGAGGUCCAGGAAGAUUUGACUGAAGAGAAAAAACGAGAACUGGAACACAACGCUGAGGAGCCAUAUGGUGAAAAUGAGGAAAAUGCAGAUGAAAAGAAUAACAGAGGGACAGACCAAGAGCAAGAAAUGCAAGAAGAGAACAACCAGAAAGAAGUUCAUGAAGACAAUUAUGAGGAGGAAGAAGAGGAGGAGGAGGAGGAAGGCAGAGCUGUUGCAGCAAAAUCUCGUAGACGAGGGGAGAUGUAGUCCCUGCAUUUUUCUUUUUCAGGACACAAAUUCCUGUUGUAGUUUGGUUUGGUUUAUUUUUUUUUUAAAGAACAUUUUUUUAGGAUAUUUAAUUUCCAAAAAAAAAAAAAAAGCUUGUGUUUUACACUUUUUACUUUUCUAUUAGGU